AAUAUCAUCUCUAUGACUCUAUCCAAAGCUCUCAAGAAACAUAAAUGGUGGUGGCGGGCAAAUUCACUCUGCCCAACAGCGCUUCUUCUUAGCUCCAAUCAUUUUCUUUAGAAAGCUGAGAGAACUCUUAUCCUCCCUUCCUAUAUUGCUCAAUCCAAUUGAGGUCAAUGUUGCAUGCAGUAUAUGCCCCCAAAAGUUGCUGUAUAUCGCAUUCAAGAAUCCCUUGUUAUCAAAAGCCUUUAGCUCCUGUAAGGCUUAGAGUAUUAGCUUCACUUCCAGAGCCUAAUGGGGUUAAAGUUGAGUUCACUCCUUGGUUGAUUGUCGGAUUGGGAAAUCCCGGAAACAAGUAUCAUGGGACUCGCCACAAUGUUGGUUUCGAGAUGAUUGAUAGAGUUUCUCAAGAGGAGGGCAUAGUGUUAAACACAAUACAGUCGAAGGCCUUGAUAGGGAUAGGUUCCAUUGGGGAGGUACCUGUUGUAUUGGCAAAGCCUCAGGCCUACAUGAAUUUCAGUGGAGAAUCAGUUGGACCGCUUGCAGCAUAUUAUCAGGUGCCGUUGCGCCACAUCCUUCUGGUUUACGACGAGAUGAGCUUACCCAAUGGUAUUUUGAGACUCCAGCCUAAAGGAGGACAUGGCCAUCAUAAUGGGGUGAAAAGUGUGAUGGAGCAUUUGAAUGGUCGCCGGGACUUUCCACGAUUUUGCAUAGGCAUUGGGAAUCCACCUGGGACUAUGGACAUGAAGGCAUAUCUUUUACAAAAAUUCAGUGAUACAGAGCGGAAACAGGUGGAUGCAGCACUUGAUCAGGGAGUUGCGGCUAUGAGGACGGUAGUAUUGGAAGGAUUUGGCAGUAGAAUCUCGCGAUUUAAUAUAGGUCAGAAAUACAAGUAUCACAAAGUUUGAUGUAAUGAAUCUAGAGAAUGUAUGUAUGGAAGAACACAAUAGUUGUAAUAACUUAAAUCUAGCUAGUUGAACGUUUCACUGGGGUCUACUUAGAAAGGUUUUGGACUCA